AGCAGCGCCCUCUAUAGGUCUAUCAGAAAACUUCCCUUUAACCCCCCUGUAUACGCUGUGAUGGUGCGAUGCCGCCAUCUAGUGUCCGCUUUGCGGUAUUUCACUCAUGGAACGGGACGCUCCGGCGUGCCAGGCCCAGGCCGGCGUCUCUGGUGAUCCGGUGACCGGGGAUGAAGACGAAGCGCCGGACAACAGCCUGGAUGUCAGCUCGGAGUCCUUCAACCCCCUGCUUCCCCUCUACAGUCUUCACACCUUACAUGAAGGCGGUCCUCUGGAAGUUCUCUAUCGCUGCGUGCAGGAACGGCUAAAGGUCAACGUUCACAUCCGUACCUUCAAGGGGCUGCGCGGCGUGUGCUCAGGAUUCGUGGUCGCCUUUGACAAAUUUUGGAACAUGGCCAUGGUGGAUGUAGAUGAGACAUACAGGAAGCCUGUGCUUGGGAAAGCUUUCUACAAUGAGCCCCAGCUGACCCUGACACGGUUGUUUGAUAGACUGAAGCUGCAGGAGUCGGGGUCACAGUCCUCUACACAUGAGACGGGCACAGACAGGAGGACGUCUAUCAGAGAUCACAGCAGAUCUUCCCUAGCACCAGGCGGGAGCACCGCCGUCCAGGAUCAAGGACAAUCGGGAAUCUCUGGCGAUAAACCCAAGCAGAGGGCUAGACGGCGGAAGGAGAAGACCGAUUAUCAGAAGGUGUACACACGCCACAUGAAGCAGGUUUUUAUUCGGGGGGAAAGUAUUUUACUGGUUCAUCUACCAUCAUGAGGACCUGUAUUAUAAGGACCCGAAUAUUAAUAAUCACUCCUCAGGGACAUGGAACAUGACUGUC